CACUUAUGUUAUGUAUGUGUUAGCAUUUCUGAAGUACGAACCAAAUCGGACCAAAGAUGGUAGCAUCAGCAGCGCCAUUCCCCAGCAUCCUCCGCCUGACCAAACCAAGAACGCCACCACUCCCAUCCUCUUCCCGACCGUCUCACUCCCGCCUCCACCUCCGAAUCCGAUCCCCCAAGCCCAUGAACCCAGCGGCGGCGCCCGCCUCCUCUUCCAUGGAGGCGGCCCAGCCCCAGGCGCGCGACGGCCAGGGAGGGGCGGAGGAGGCGGCGGCCAUGACGCUGCUGUUCGUGGAGAUGGGCGUCGGCUACGACCAGCACGGCCAGGACAUCACCGCCGCCGCCGUGCGCGCCUGCAGGGACGCCAUCUCCUCCAACUCCAUCCCUGCCUUCCGCCGCGGGUCCAUACCCGGGGUGAACAGUGACCAGAUGAAGCUGCAGAUCAAACUCGGCGUGCCGAGGCCGACGCAGCACUUGCUGGACGCUGAGAGAGUCAAGGCCGUGUUUCCCUAUUUCCUCGUUGUUCGCAGUGGCAAGAUUAUUAGCUUUGAGGUCGUGGACGGCGGCAUGAUCUGUUCGAGCGGCGUGUGCCUGGAAGCAAUGGGGGAUAAAAACGACGAUUGCUACAUAGUCAACGCUGCAGUUUACGUUGGUUACUAGUAGUUUUAUUCUGGAAGAAUUGAUUUCGAAUUCUCCUGGAAUGGCACAGCAGAAGGAAAAAACUACAAGUGUUUUCCUACCGCAAUACAAUAAGCGCGUCAUUCUUGUCAGCGCAUUUCUCCGUUGAUGUGUAUAAUAAACUGCACGUCCCUAGUGUUGCAUUCGUUCUAAUCCCUACGUUUUUGUGUCA